AUGAUGCUCAACAUAUACGAAAAUGCUAUACUUCUUGCCUGCCAUGCCCACCCCACCACCAAAACCGUUGCUACUCUAAUGGCGGCGGCGCUAGCAAUUUUCGGUUUUGCACGGUGGUGGGCUAGCACCAAAAUAAACCCUCCGCUGCCACCUGGUCCACCAGGCUUGCCUAUCUUAGGAAACCUUCCUUUCAUCAAACCUGAAUUGCAUCGUUACUUUAGGGAGUUAUCUGAAACCUAUGGUCCCAUCUUCAAACUUCAGCUCGGGACAAAGACUUGUAUAAUCAUAGAUUCACCUUCUAUUGCCAAAGCGGUCCUCAAAGACCAAGAUGCUAUCUUCGCCAACCGUGAUACACCGGCAGCCACCAUAUUCGGCACAUUCGGUGGCCUCAACAUCGCAUGGAGACAAAAUGGCCCCGAAUACAUCCGGAUGCGUAAGCUUGUUGUUCGUGAAAUCAUGAGCAAAAGCAGCCUCGAUGCAUGCUACGCGCUUCGUCGACGUGAGAUUGGACAAAUGGUGAAGGAUCUUCACCGGAAAAUUGGUUCUUCUGUUAAUAUCAUUGAGCAAUUAUCGCUAACGACUGUAAAAGUGAUGAUAAGCACACUAUGGGGUGGUUCGUCAGAAACAAGCAGUGAUUUGACUGAGAUGAGGACGCGAUUAGAUGAACUUACGAGAUUAAUGGGAUCACCAAAUGUUUCUGAUAUUUUACCAGUUCUUGCCCCAUUUGAUUUUCAAGGAAUUGAAUCAAAAUCGAAGAAUAUCAUACUGUGGUUUUAUGGGAUAUUUGAAUCAGUGAUUAAGAACCGAUUGAAGAUUAGAGAUGAUGGAAGCAAGGACUUUCUCCAGUUGAUGUUGGAGAUGAACCAGACAGGAGAUGAUAAAACCUCUUUAUCCGACUACGAAAUAAAAGCUUUGCUUUUGGAUAUGAUGAUUGGUGGUACGGAUACAAUACCCACUACUGUAGAGUGGGCAAUGACCGAACUACUACGUCAUCCAGAUAAAAUGACAAAACUCGUCCAAGAAUUAGAUAUGGUUGCCGGAAACCAAAACAUGGUGGAAGAGUGUCAUCUUCCUCGACUGCUCUAUUUGGAUGCUGUUGUAAAGGAGACGCUUCGGCUUCAUCCGGUGGCUCCCUUGCUUUUGCCUCACAUGCCCAGCGAGACCACAAUUGUUGCUGGAUAUACCAUCCCUAAACGUUCCAGAGUUUUCAUUAAUGCAUGGGCCAUGCAAAGGGACCCUAAGUUUUGGGAAGAUCCCCUUGGGUUUCAGCCCGAGAGAUUCUUGAAAGGCGACAUUAGUUAUCAAGGGAAUAAUAUGAGGUACAUUCCGUUUGGGUCGGGGAGGAGAACUUGUGCUGGACUUGCAAUGGGUGACAAAAUGGCGCGGCUCCUCCUGGCUGUGUUGGUCCAUUCAUUUGAAUGGAAAUUGUCAGAGGGGAUGAAGCCUGAUGUGCAAGAGAAAUUUGGAAUUGUUUUGAAGAAAAUGGAACCACUUGUCGCCAUGCACUUUGCUCGACUCUCUAACUCGGACCAAUACCACUAA